GCCAGUGCCAAAUAGGUCACUGGCACAAGUACUGCACUCGUACAGUGUUACAAACCUCAAAGGGAGCGAGUGCCAGAAGAUGUAGUGAGAUCGAAUUAAUAACGUAGCAGUUUUCCGACAGAAGGUGCAUUGGUAAUGUGCCGAACUUCGUCUACCCAAGUACUAGAUGCAAAUCACAGAGACAGGAAACCGAGAAUGCCACGCAGGCGGUUCCGGUAAUCUAGAGGAAAAGUCUCGCGGGUACGGUGCUACAUAAUUAUGAUAGGAGAAAACUGUUCUUCAGAAAGCUAGAGAGCUUUCAGCUGCAAGCUACUGGUAGCAUUUGGACCUGUUUUCCAAUAAUGGCAAUGGCCCAGAAAUUUCACCUUCUCCCAUCAGGCAAAUCAAUAUGGUUAUACAGUACAGAAUCUAGAAAUCGCGACCAUAUUAGUAUUAAGCUAUCAUUUAUUCCAACUAGCCCUUCUAUCUCACAACAUGUAUCUCACAACAUGUACUGUACAUUGUACUCGUAUUCCAGCUCUAACCCAUCACCGCGGGAGCAUCCCGGUUGCAAAAUCAAGACAACUUACGUAAUCAAACACCUUUCAACUCGCCUUCGCCUUUUAACCUUCCUGGCCUUCUGCCAAAACCCACCAUCACCAUCCCGACUACUCGUAUACACCACAGCAACAACACCGCAGCCGCCAAAAAUGGUAUCCAAAGCCCCCAAAGGCGGGCCCGCCCCGCGGCCGAUCGUCAAGGCAAAACCAAUGUCGUCAAGACUACUCACCAUGAAUGUACCAGAUCAACCAACCCCCUUCAAAAAAUCCCUCUUUCUAGCUAACCUCUGGUGCUUUUCAAUCUAGUUCAUGCAGAGAAACGCCUCCGUGCCAGGAAGUAAAUCCCACGCGGAGGUUCAAAGAGCGAUUGAAGAGGAGAACGCGAAGCGCGAGGCCGCGCUCCUGGCUACUAGAGAUCGCUCGGGAGCAAGUACUCGCGAAGACGCGGAAACUCGGUGGGAGCUGAGCAUUAUCCGAAAGGCCCCUCAGGCGUCGGUUAGGGUUGUCACAGUUGGGUAUGGGGACUUGGUUGGUGAGGGGGGGUAUGGCGGUGAUGAUGAUGAGAAAGAGGAGGAGAAGGGGACUGGUGGAAGGAUGAAGUUCGGGAAGUAUGGGGUUAAGGUUGAGGAUACUCCCAAAAAGCCAGAUCAAGAAAUUUCUGACGACUCUUCUUCCUCCUCUUCCAGUGACGACUCUGACAGCGACUCUUCCACGGACAGGCAGGAGAAGAAGGCCAAGGCCAGAAAGAGGGACAGUGAUGAAAAAAUAUUAAAGAAACUGCACUCUAUCUCCGGUAGUGGCCCCCCAUCUACUUCGGGUCCUGUCGGCGGAGGCGGGAAGUGUUUCGAGUGUGGGAAACCUGGCCAUGUCCGCGCUGCCUGUCCAGAGCUGGGCAUGCAGCGCAAGCGCUAUACUGACAAUAUUAAUCGCGGGAACCCUAGUAAACGUGGGAGGUUCUCUCGUUAAAACUUUUGGACGGUGUUCCACUUGUCCACUCGUAGAAUACCCUGCAGCUCCUCUCUCUCUCUCUCUCUCUCUCUCUCUCUCUCUCUUUAUAUAAACCUUCUUUAAAUUUUCGGUGUCCGGCGGCUCUUCUCCCGGUAUACGGAAUCCAUUGCAGGGCGUUUGGGAAAAAGGUUUCUCUUCAUCCCUCAUGGUUUUUCGGGUUGGCUUAUGUAGAAUUACAUUCUCUGGCUUUGGGCUUGACGAUCAUUAUGCGAUUUUCUUCGGAUGUACUAUCCCAGUACGGUACCUGCAAUAAUUGCAGCACUUGUAAUAUAAUUAUAAUUUGCCUGGCGAUUUAUCGUUGUCAAUAGAGGAAAAAUGAAAACCUGACCGCCUGCUACAAUAGAGAACUUGGGGUUACCCUACAACCCUAACCACCGCGAGCGAACACCCGACUAUCAUUCUAGCCAAAAACUUGACCUCAAUCCACCCCGCCAAACAUCUCCCCCCCCCACCAUCGCCACUACCAUACCAAAAUGAACGCGGUCCGCCCCCUACGUCGCCUCCUCCAAAUGCCCCCCCGGGGGGCCCGCCAAUUGACCACAACACCACCAAACCCCUACCGUAACCGGCGCAGGCUGAAAGCCGAACCGGAAUCCUACACAACACCUCCACCAACCCCCUACACUUCUGGCGAAAUAUCCAAGCUGUCGAAAUACUACACAAACGACCAAGUAGCCUCCCUCCUAGAGGGGGAGUCCGCCAUCGACCCCGCGCAUUUCCACAACCGCCGCCGACAACCGGACCACGACCCCAUGAAGCUACAAUACUUUGACGACCUCUCCACCCUCGACCCAAUCCUGGACUCCCCCUGGGGCCCGCAAAUCUACACGCCCGGUCACCCCCUCCAACCACUCCCGAGACUCGAUCACCUGCUCACGCUCUCGGCCUCUUCCUCAACCGCCACUGCCAGCUCCGCCACGAGUGACCCACCCUGGAUGCGCGAGGUCUCGCUCAAGACCGGCUUCUCCGUCGCCGAGAUUAGGCGGCUAAGGACGAAGAUCCUCGUCUCCCACAGCGUCGUGAAUCAGACGCGCAUGGGCAAGAUCCGCAAGAUAUACUGUCUCUCCGUGGCCGGGAAUGGUAACGGCCUUGUCGGCAUUGGCGAAGGGAAGAGCGUCGAGCAUUCCGAGGCUCAGCGCAUGGCUACAUACAUGGCUAUUCGGAAUAUGAUGCCCGUGCCUAGGUAUGAGGAUCGUACCAUCUUCGGGAAUCUGGAUAUUAAGGUUGGGGCGGUGGAGUUGAAGCUUUUUAGUCGACCGCCGGGAUUCGGAUUGCGCACUUCCCAGUACAUAUUUGAGAUAGCUAAGUGUCUGGGAUUAUCGGACCUCUCGGCCAAAGUUAGUCGCAGCAGGAAUCCGAUGAAUGUCUGUAAGGCUACCAUUCAAGCCCUCAGGAGUCAGAAGUUGCCCGAGACUAUCGCUCGCGGUCGGGGAAAGAAAUUGGUGGAUGUUAGGAAGGUUUACUAUAAUGGUGCUGUAUAA